GUGUCUGGGGACGAUUUUGGGGACGGACACUUACAGGAAGUCGGUCGCGCACAUCGCGUUUUCGUUGUGUACAUGCGUAACCGCGGUCUAACAGCAGUUGUAUUUAUGCCAAAGUAAAAAUUAAGUCAUCAUUGUAGCUGUUGGAGAUGGCUACCACGGAGAAAGAAACCCCCGCUAAAAAGGCUGCAGCGCCUUCUGUGUCCCAGAUCAAUGCAGAAUAUGUCACACAGUUGGCUAAUAAAUAUUGGGCUCCUCAUGCAAAGAACAAACUGCCCUUUGACCCCAAGGUCAUGGAAGAUGUUUACGACAAAGAGAUUAUCAAGUCCAAAUUUGCCAUCAGAAAAAUUAUGCUGCUUGAGUUCAGCCAAUAUCUUGAAAACUACCUGUGGGUGAACUACACUCCAGAAGUGUCCAGCAACGCCUACCUCAUGUCCAUUUGUUGCAUCGUCAAUGAGAAGUUCAGGGAGAAUGUUCCAGCAUGGGAGGUUUUCAAAAAGGAGCCCAGCCACUUCCCCUUUUUCUUCAAAUGUGUGAUGGAGGCUGUGUUGGCAGGAGAGGAUGCUGGCCUCACUCUGAAGGAGCAAACUGUGCUGCUGGUUUUCCUAGACCACUGUUUCAACAGUCUGGAGGUAGAUCUGAUCAGAGAGCAGGUGCAGCAGCUCAUCUCUCUUCCAAUGUGGAUGUGCCUCCUACCAUCCAGACUCCAACACGAGCUGAAAAAAGUCCCAAAGCUGCAGAAGUUCUGGAAUCUAAUCAAGAAGAAAUUUGAUAAGAUGGACGCUGACGCAGCUGAGCAGGCGAAAAAAGAGAGGACUUUUCUCUCAGCUCUCAUUAAAAAGUUCCUUGGAGUUCUAAUGUCGAUCCAGCCAGCAGGAGCUGUAACUAUGGACAAAGUGCAUUACUGUGAGAGAUUCAUAGAGCUCAUGAUUGAUUUGGAGGCCCUGCUGCCCACAAGGCGUUGGUUCAACACAGUGUUGGAUGACUCCCAUCUGGUGGUCAGCUGCCACCUGUCCAGCCUCACCCACAGAGAGAAAGAGGGACACCUCUUCUGUCAGUUGCUGGACAUGCUGAAGUUCUACACCGGCUUUGAGAUCAGUGACCAGACAGGAACUGCCCUGACGGAGAAGGAGAUGACAACUCUGCACUAUGACAGGAUCACCUCCCUGCAGAGGGCAGCUUUUGCUCACUUCCCAGAGUUGCAAGACUUUGCUCUCUCCAACGUAGCAGCAGUAGACACCCGAGACUCCCUCACCAAACACUUUGGGCAUCUCAGUCCCAAUACGCUCCACCGGGUGGCCUCAUACCUGUGUCUGCUGCCAGAGUUGUCUGAAGGACAGGAAACCACCUAUGAGAAGGAGGUUCUUCUAGAGCUGCUGGUGUCCCGCCAUGAGCGCAGAAUCUCUCAGAUUGAGCAACUGAACCAGAUGCCUCUUUAUCCAACGGAGAAGAUAAUCUGGGAUGAGAACAUUGUCCCGACAGAGUACUACUCAGGGGAAGGCUGCCUAGCGCUACCUAAGCUGAAUCUGCAGUUCCUGACACUUCAUGACUACCUGUUGAGGAACUUCAAUCUCUUUCGUCUGGAGUCCACCUACGAGAUCAGACAGGACAUAGAGGAUGUGGUGUGGCGAAUGAAACCCUGGCAGUCGGAGUACGGGGGUGUUGUGUUCGGGGGCUGGGCCAGGAUGGCUCAGACCAUCACCUCUUUUUCCAUAGUGGAGGUUGCCAAGCCAAACAUCGGAGAGAGCUGGCCUGCCCGUGUGCGAGCUGAUGUCACGAUUAACCUCAAUGUACAAGACCACAUUAAGCACGAGUGGGAAGGGCUGCGCAAGCACGACGUUUGCUUUCUGAUCACGGUGCGGCCCAACCUGCCCUACGGCACGCGCUUUGACCGCCGCCAGCCUUUCGUGGAGCAGACCGGCCUGGCGUACGUGAGAGGCUGUGAAGUGCAGGGCAUGCUGGAUGAUAAGGGACGCGUCAUUGAAGAAGGACCGGAACCAAAGCCUAAGCUGCGAGGAGACGUCAGAACCUUCCGUGUGUGGCUGGAUCCCAACCAGUACCAGCAAGACAUGACAAGCAGCAUUCAGACUGGCACCGAAGACCCCUACGAGACUUUCAACAUCAUCAUGAGACGCAAACCCAAGGAGAACAAUUUCAAGGCAGUGCUAGAGACCAUCAGAAACCUCAUGAACACAGAGUGCGUGGUACCAGACUGGCUUCACGACAUUAUCCUGGGCUAUGGCGACCCAGGCAGUGCCCACUACUCCAAGAUGCCAAACCAGAUCUCCACGUUGGACUUCAAUGACACCUUUCUGUCACUGGACCAUUUACGAUCAUGUUUCCCGGGUUACACCAUUAAAGUCACAGAGGACAACCCUGAGCUGCAGGUCUUCCCUUUCAGAAUAAAGUUUCCCGUCUCAAAUAAAGCAGAAAAGGGAAAGAAGAGAAAGGCUGAGGAAGAAGAGGAAAACAAAGAGGAAGACAAGACCUUGACUGUUGAGCCUUAUGUCACCCCAAACCGUGGACCAUACCCAUACAACCAGCCCAAACGGAACACAAUUCAGUUCACUCCCACUCAGAUUGAAGCCAUUCGAGCAGGGAUGCAGCCAGGACUCACUAUGGUUGUUGGACCACCAGGAACCGGAAAGACAGAUGUUGCUGUUCAGAUCAUCUCAAACCUCUAUCACAACUUUCCAGAGCAGAGGACCCUCAUAGUGACACACUCGAAUCAGGCUCUGAACCAGCUGUUCGAAAAGAUCAUGGCCCUGGACAUCGACGAGCGCCACCUCCUGCGUCUUGGCCACGGAGAAGAGGAGCUGGAGACUGAGAAGGACUUUAGCAGAUAUGGCAGAGUCAACUACGUCCUUGCAAGAAGACUGGAGCUCCUCAGGGAGGUGGGGAGGCUACAGGAGAGCUUGGAUGUCCCAGGAGAUGUUUCCUACACAUGCGAGACUGCAGGACACUUCUACCUGUACCAGGUGAUAUCUCGCUGGGAAGAGUACAUGAGUAAAGUAAGGCCUAAGCAGAGCAAGAAAGUGGACGUACAAGCUGUGGCUGCACAUUUCCCCUUCCACAAGUACUUCUCCAACGCCCCCCAGCCUGUGUUCAAAGGUCGCUCAUAUGAGGAGGACAUGGACAUCGCGGAGGGUUGCUACCGUCAUAUCAAGAAGAUAUUUACCCAGCUGGAGGAGUUCAGGGCGUUUGAGCUCCUGAGGAGUGGACUGGACCGCUCCAAGUAUCUGCUGGUGAAGGAGGCCAAAAUCAUUGCUAUGACCUGUACUCAUGCAGCACUCAAACGUCAUGACCUGGUUGAACUGGGAUUCAAGUAUGACAACAUCCUGAUGGAAGAAGCUGCUCAGAUUCUAGAGAUCGAGACCUUCAUCCCCCUCCUGUUGCAGAACCCAGAGGACGGCUACAGCAGGCUGAAGCGUUGGAUUAUGAUUGGAGACCACCACCAGCUACCCCCUGUUAUCAAGAACAUGGCCUUCCAGAAGUACUCCAACAUGGAGCAGUCUCUCUUCACUCGAUUUGUGCGCCUUGGCGUGCCCACCAUUGACCUGGAUGCACAGGGCCGUGCCCGAGCAAGCCUGUGUAACCUGUACAACUGGCGCUAUAAACACCUGGGUAACCUGCCUCAUGUCCAGCGAUUGCCUGAGUUCCAGGUCCCAAAUCCUGGUCUGACCUUUGACUUCCAACUAGUUAAUGUGGAGGACUUCAAUGGGGUGGGAGAAUCAGAGCCCAACCCUUACUUCUACCAGAACCUGGCAGAGGCAGAGUACUGUGUGGCUCUGUUCAUGUACAUGCGCCUGUUGGGCUACCCUGCUGACCGCAUCAGCGUCCUGACCACCUACAAUGGACAAAAACACCUGAUCCGAGACGUCAUUAACCAGCGCUGUGCUGGAAACCCCUUCUUUUCCCAGCCUAACAAGGUGACAACAGUGGACAGGUUCCAGGGUCAGCAGAAUGACUACAUCAUCCUCUCACUGGUACGCACCAAAGCCGUGGGACAUCUGAGGGAUGUGAGGCGUCUGGUGGUCGCCAUGUCAAGAGCCAGGCUGGGUCUGUACAUCUUUGCGCGGGUGUCGCUGUUCCAGAACUGCUUCGAGCUGACUCCUGCCUUCAACCAGCUCACUGCCAGGCCUCUGCAGCUGCACAUCAGACCACACGAGUACUACGGCCAGGAGCAGCCUAGAGAUGCUUCCAGGCAGCCUGACCAAGUCACCAAGGACAUGCCAGAGAUGGCCACCCUGGUGUAUAACAUGUACAUGCACAUGAUCCAGACCUCCCAGAAGUACAGACAGCAACAGCAGCAGAAUCUGGCUCUGCCUCCACAACAGUCAAAGUCAGUCGAAAAAGCGCCAGCCAGCUCGCAGGAUCAACCGCAGGAAGAAACCGCUGUGAAGCAGGAAGAAACUCCCAUGGAGCAGGAAGCCCCAGAAGGAGAGACAAACUCAGAGGCAAAGUCUGAAGAUGCUUCUGUGAGGAAAGAAAGUCAAGACACAGAGGAGCACGCCAAGAUGCCAGAGCAUCCUGGCAGAGACAGCGACAGUGACGGGGAGGACAGUGGAGAGGAGCAGCAGCAGUAGAGAAUCUAGAUAUGGGACUACUUUCUAGUGUAAGACCACGAUAAGUGAAGGGGACCAAGUUGAAUGUCCCUUGGAAAGUGGGAAGAUUAGUGUGAAAGCAGGGAGUUUGUUUGAUGAUUUUUCAUUCAUUUUUCUAAAUAAAUUGAGUUUUGUAACCAUCA